GUCAGCGGAUCCGGCUGGCUCUGCCGGCGGGCGGAGGGGCUGCACCCCGCCCCGGCUCUGCGCCGUGGUGCUCCGGAACGGGUCGUGCUGUGCCGGGCGGCGGGGACCGGCGGGGCGCGCCAUGGGGCUGCUGGAGCGCCUGCGGAAGGAGUGGUUCAUUCUCGGGAUCGUGCUGGUCAUCACGGUGGCGCGGCUGGAGCCCGCCGUUGGCGUCAAAGGGGGACCCUUGAAACCAGAAAUUACCAUAACUUACAUUGCUGUUUCAGCUAUAUUCUUUAACAGCGGACUCUCCCUAAAAACUGAGGAGCUGACAAGUGCUUUGAUGCAUGUGAAACUACAUCUUUUUGUCCAGAUUUUCACACUUGUGUUCUUCCCAACAGCAAUAUGGCUCUUUCUUCAGCUAUUAUCAAUCACACCUAUAAAUGAAUGGCUUUUGAAAGGCUUGCAGACAGUUGGCUGCAUGCCUCCUCCUGUGUCUUCUGCAGUAAUUUUAACCAAAGCUGUUGGUGGAAAUGAGGCAGCUGCUAUAUUUAAUUCCGCUUUUGGAAGUUUUUUGGGCAUUGUUAUAACUCCACUUCUGCUUUUGCUUUUUCUUGGAUCGUCCUCCUCUGUGCCUUUUACAUCUAUAUUCUCUCAGCUGUUUAUGACUGUUGUAGUCCCACUUAUUAUUGGACAGAUUGUCCGAAGAUACAUCAAGGACUGGCUUGAAAGGAAGAAGCCUCCAUUUGGUGCAAUCAGCAGUUGCGUGCUCCUGAUGAUCAUCUACACAACAUUCUGUGAUACUUUCGCCAAUCCAAAUAUUGACCUUGAUAAAUUUAGCUUGAUUAUAAUAGUGUUCAUAAUAUUUUCCAUUCAGAUGAACUUCAUGUUUUUGACUUUCCUCUUCUCCACAAGGAAUAACUCUAGUUUCACACCAGCAGACACAGUGGCUAUCAUUUUCUGUUCCACACACAAAUCGCUCACCUUGGGGAUUCCAAUGCUGAAGAUAGUAUUUGCGGGUUAUGAGCACCUCUCCUUAAUUUCCGUCCCCUUACUCAUCUAUCAUCCUGCUCAGAUUCUUCUUGGAAGUCUGCUGGUACCAACAAUAAAAUCCUGGAUGGUUUCUAGACAAAAGGCGCUGAAGUUAACCAGGCAGCCCAAAGCACCCGUGAAGGUAUAAUUAUGGAGAUGGCCUGUGUCACAGUGAAUGUAUAUAUGUACUAUACUGUACACACAGACAAAUGAGACAACUGGGUAUUUGUGAAUGUUGCUUCAGUGCAUAUUUUAUUUUUUUAUAUAUAUAUAUAUUAAAAAGAUACCCGUUAAGUGCCUUACAGAUGCAUUUUUGGCAAAAGCAUUGUUUCCAGAAGCCACUUUGUUGGUUACUGCAAGAGGUUGUACAGUAUUUUGGAAUCCUUUAGGUUUUAUUUUUCUAAUUGAGUGAAUGGUCAUGACUAACAGCUGUUUCUUCCAUUGCCCCUGCUUUGAGCCAGGUUGCACCAGCUGUAAGUCUCUGUUUUAAACUAGCCAAAAUGACCAGAAGCUUAUCCCACUGCUGGGUUACCCUGGGGAAGAGCUUUCUGAAGGCUUUUUUUUGAGAUUGACUUGAAUUUCUGUGUGACUCUGUUACACUCCCUAGUCAUAUGACGGUGACAUGCCUUUUUCUUCUGAGUUUGUGUAUACUCAGCAUGGGGCCAUCCAUUGGAUAGAAGCUGAAAAGCAUGAAUUAUUUGCAUUUGUUGACACAGUUGUCUAGACAUUCCUUCAAAGUUAAUGGUUUCUCAAGAAAAUUCUUUUAUUUCCAUUGUAUGAUAUUGUGCCAUUGUAUAUCUUAAAUGCCUCAUAAGCUUCUUCAAAGAAAUGGUCUGGUGCUUGGGUUAUGAGUAAAGUAUUUGUGUUUGCAGCUAGCAGAUCUUUUAUAAUUUACCCCUGAAGAACACAAAUUUUUCGUUUCCUUUUUUCUUUUUCUUCCCCCGGUGCAAUGCACAGAGACCCGCAGUGACAGAUUUUAGGAUGCUAAUAUUGAAACAAAACCUUUAUUGUAGUAAGCCAAGCUAUAUUUUCUAUAUUGCUGUAUUGGUAAUGAAUAAUAGCUUGUGAGGACAAGUUGAUUUUUUUUUUCUUUUCCCUAGUUGAAAGGAUCCUUUUUGUAACAGAAGUGCUACCUUAGCUAAUUUGACAAUCAGCCACCACUUUUUAGAAAAGGAAAUGUUACUCGUUUUAAUAAACUUAUAUAUAGAAAAAGCAUACAAAAUACUAUCUCUAAUAGGAAUGUUGAAGAGAAAGGAACACAGGCAUAUAUUUAAACAUUUAGCCAGUACCGCAUCUUAUCUGGGAGAUUAAGAUUUCAGAAGCGUGCUCUAGUCCAGGCUGUGAGGUGUACCCAUCUGCAAAAACUGGGCUGGCAAUUUGCAUUAAACUAUUAAAAAUAAUUUAAGAAAUAGGACAAACUGGGAUCAGUUCAAUAUAAAUGCUGAAGUUUCAUGUGGCAUGGUUAACAUUGCAGUUAAUGGUGCAGCUGAGUGCAGUUUACCUAGGAGCAGAUCUUUAGCAGAUGUAAAUUAUUAUAGCUCUAACAAUGCUACAGCCAUUUACAUAAGCUAAAGAUCUUUUGUAUGACAAUAGGCACGUGAAAUUCAUAUCCUUUUGCCUUUGUGAAAAAACUGUGUUUGGUUUACUUAGUCUAUUAUUCCUAGUCCGUUAUUCCUCUGAACAAUGGGAAAGUAAUCCAGUACCAAUCAUCAGUGCUUUACCUGAUGGUCAGUCAGUGCAAGACUGCUCUGAUGUCAUCUGUAUGAGAAGCUAUUGGUAGCUGACAGCAUCAUCUUGUUCAAAAUUAUCAUCAUCAAUAAAACGACUGUGUAAUGAAGGUACGUGAGGUGACAACAUGAUGAAUUCUUUCAUUCCUGGGCUUAAAAACCCUGCUUGCAGCAGACAGUCCAGACAUAGGACAGUUUCUUUUUGUUCUGUUUCCAUAAACCUGAACUUCCCGAGUAUAUAGGGACUUAAUCCCAAUCCCACUGAAAUUGAUGACCGUUUCUGUUGGUUUUGAAUGGCAAAGAAACAGGCCCAACAAGAGCACUCACUUUCUUAAAAUACACAGGAAGAGUUCAAGCAUACAGUCAUCAUGUCAAUGCUAAGUAGUCAGAACACUGCAAGUACCCUUACUGAGCUACCUCUGCGUACUGAAUCUCCAAUUUUCAGUACACCCAACAAUUUGCUUCCACUGAACACAUCCUUUUUUCUUUGUUAAUUUUUUUCUACAUUUAAGAAUAUUUUAAGCUGUUUUACAAUGGAGUUUUGUUAAAGCCUUUACAAAGUCCUUUCUGAUUGCUUGGGCAGCCUAAAUAUCGUUUAUGAGUCUUGGAAGUGUUAGUCUAAAGGGAACAUAAAGCAAAACUGAAGUAUAUAUUUUGAAUUCGUACUUCAUGAAACUUAAUUAUGCAUAUCAAUUCUGUUACGUUUAAAGACUGUUAAGAUGUUUAACUGUGACCUGUUAUUAUACUUAUAUGUCUUUAAUAAACAGGAUGGUUUUGAAUUCAAUUUUGUUAUUAGAAAACCAAGAGAAAAUUAUUUAUUCUCUAGGUCAACUUUUUACCUCUGUUACCUAUGAUUUGUUCUUUUGUGGGUAAGCUUUUGAACUGUUUGCUUGUUCUUUUGAAAGACUAUCUCUGAAAUGUAUGGAAAUAUUUUAUGAACUAAACUUGAGGAAAGAAAGUCCUCAGAAUACUGUAAAUUAGCACCAACUGAAACUUAAUAAUUGAACUCCACCAAUUUUUCAGUACAGGGUUAGAACUGUUCUGAUUCUUUUCAAUUUCUUGGCUUUAAAGUUAACUGAGAGGUAUCUGAGGUAUUGAAAAUAAUCAGGCGAAACUGAUGGCAAGUGAGACCUCUGUCCAUGUUAAAAAACAUAAGGAUUUUCUUGAUCAUCAACAGUUCUGAUCUUGGGCAUCUCUAUAAUCCCACCUAAUGAUAGCAGAGGAAUAAAACGCCCAAACAAUAAAAGAGCACACCAUAAGUCACAGGGAAUCUUAGCACUUUGUGUUGAGUUACUCAAACAUUUUAUUUCCCUUUUUGUGCACUAAAUUGAGAAGCUUUUGAUGACCCCAAUAAUUUGUCCAAGGUAAAUAAUUCUUUAUGUGGUCAAAUCAAAAUUGUGGUUCUGUUUUUUCUUACAUAUCCUUUAGUUAGUAUGAAUAGGCUGUAUGACAGAAAACGCAAUCUCAGCAGAAGCUGUGUGGUUGUGCUUGUUCACAGAGCAAACAGAGAGCAAUCCAGCAGCUUGGUUUUACAGCAGUAGUCCCCUACGUUAUUCUGGCAGUCAGGGAAAGAGGAGCUGUUAGUUUUAUCUGUGUGAGGUUUUCUGUGGCAAUAUCUUGACAGCGGGAGGUUAGAAGGCAAGAUGAAAUAUUGUCUGUCUGCAACACAUUUACUUAUGUGCAAGUGUAUAUGUGCAUAAGAGAUGAGCAAUUGUGUACAUAGAAAUCACUAGAAAGGACCGAGUACCUGGUAUACAUUUUUUUGCAAGACUGCAUAUGGAGAAAGAGCUACUUUUUUGAUGUUAUUCUGACAUUAAAAAUUAAAUUUCAGACACUGAA